GUCUCUCUAAAUGGAAAUUUGCUGUAGCCAACUUUCCUCCCUCGACUCUAUUCCUUCCUCGCCACUCUCUGUUCGCGCACAGCCGCCGCACAGUCAAACUUAUUCUCUCUCACAGCUCCGAGCCGACGACGGUCACUAUAAUUUCGCGCCGCGAUAAAAUAAUAAAAUGUCUAUAUCUGUAUAUAGUGCGAGCGAGAUUGAGAGUGUGUGUGUGUGUGUGUGAGAGAGAGAGAGGGGGAGACCGAGUAUACACCGCAGAGCUGCGCUGCAGUAUAGUGUUUAAGCUCGGGCGCUCGCCUCCGGCGAGGCUUUUGCUUUUUUUUUCGGGCGAAUAGUUGGAAAUGUGGGCCAGCUCGUGUAUUUUUUCCCUCUCUCUCACUCUUUCAGCAACUCGCUCGUUUAUCACACACACGUCGAAAGCUUUUUCGCUUUUAUUGCUUGUUAUUGUUUGCCCUCGUCGUGCGCGCGCGGUCGGGCAUUACAAAGCUUUUUAAUUUAUCAUCCUGUAUGAAUCGUAACAAUGUUGCAAUUGAUUUUCCAGUUGACCAAUGGAAACGAUGCUUGAAUAAAUUGAAAGCUCCGCGCAUUCGAGCGCACACGCGCGUACACAAACAUGCAUGUCAUAUAUGCGGGUUUAUACAAUUAAUAUACAAUAGUUAUGGAGUAUAGAGCGAGCGAUAAUUAGAAAUCUUCUCGCGCCGCUGGCAACUAUAGUGUACAUAGCGUGUAUUGCUGAAACAACAUCGUUAUCUGAGAGUGUGUGUAACAUAACGCGCAUGUGCGGUGAAGCGCGCGCUGUACGUGGCUCUUUUUAUUCCUCUCGCUCUAGCUCUCCCACUCCGGUGCAAUGCACAGAGUCCAGCGUUGUGUAUAGAGCUCGACGUCACGCCCGCGCUUUUUUCUGCUAUCUUUUCCUCAUUAUAUGUAGCGCCUCUUACUCAGGCGCGUCUGCAGUUCUGUGCGGCGACGAGACGUGAAAGUGCAGACCUUCUAUUAGCGACGUCUCGAUAGAAUCUCUCUUUCUCUCUAGGUUCGGCAAAUGUGCAGUCGUCGCUGGAAGAAAAAUGUCGUCGGAUAAUUCGAGCGAGUGUCAAGUGAAGCAGAGAAAACCCGUAGCGGAGCUGAAGGAUAAGAUCUCGAGCGCUAGUCGCGAUAACGAUAAUGACAGCCGGCAAGAGUCGAGCGCAGUUGUAGCGAGCGAAGAGCGAACCACCUGGCAGAGCGUCAAAUACUACUUCAACCGAUUUCGAUACUAUCACUUCCUCGUCGCCGAUACCCUCGACAAAUACGCCUCGGCCCUGUGCCUCUGGCUUAUCAAUCUGUAUUUGAGGCUCUUCAUGGGCAUAGGACCCACAGGGCCCUCCGUGCUCGACGAGCCCGACGACGAUUGAGAGUAUUAUUAUUAUUAGUAUUAUUAUUAUUACUAUUAUUAUUUGAUUACUACUGCAAUAAACAUUGUUUGCGAAAAACGAAA